AUGCGUACCAGCUUUUUCCUCGCUGCAGCCCUUGCUACACUCAGCGCCCAAGCCGACGACGCCAGCAGCACCAUCGUUGGCUUUUACGCUCCUCCUUGGGAUGUGACUGUGCCCAUGUACGGCGGGUUUACCAGCACCGCCGCCAGCCUCGUCGCCAUCAAAAGCGGGGUCGCUACAUACGAAGUUGACUGUCUAAAGGACGCUCCCAAGACAGAUUGCAAUUUCCCCGAUCCGUGGACGAUUAUCCAAGGCCCAGAGACAGUGAGCCUCAAUGAGAAAUAUAUCGCAUCCUACUCGGAAAAGGAAACCAGCUAUGAUAUCACCGUCACACGGUCCCAUGAGUGCUCUCUGAAAGCUUCAACUGAGUUCGCCAGCUGCACGAUGAGUGUGGGCAUGAAAGGAUCUACGGAAGGAGAAAAAUAUGAGUCUUCCACUUCCAGCAAGGCAACCUACACCACGGCACCAAUCUCCGAUAACUACUACGAGUUGACGGUAACCGCAGGACUGGAUUUGCUCAAGUCUACCGAGGCAACGGCAGCGGCUACAUCUGCAGAAACUACCGCGUCAACUGGCGGUGCUGCUGGACACGCGGGUGCUUUGAUUACCGCUGCUCCUAUGGUUGCGGCUGCAGUGGCUGCCCUCCUGUGA